CGACUCCAUCCAGAACACCAGGACUUACACAUACGUGAUUACCAAGAUGCUUUAUGUGGGUAUUUUUGUGGGACUGGUGUUAGAGUCCUGGUCUUUACCUGUGCAGAACUCUUCACUGAUUCAUCAGACAAGGCUGAGGUCAAAGAGAGAAUAUCCAGAGCAUUAUGUGAAUUCUGAGGACAUGAAUGCCAUGGACAGGAUCCUCAGAGUAAAUCAACGUAUGUGUGUGUCCAGAGGUUUUCCUUUAAGAGAAGGUGACAUCCUGAGUUCAGGAUCCCGCAGUGCCAUCAUAUGUUUAGGAGAUUCUUGCCGCUGGCCCAGAUCUGUUGAUGGUUUUGUGUAUGUACCGUACAUCAUCUCUCCAACAUAUGAUUAUAUGGACAGGAUCACCAUAGAAACCGGAAUGUUGGACAUUUCCUCUGCAACAUGUGUGAAGUUUGUGCCUCGCACACAUGAAGCAAACUUCCUCAACAUCCAGUCUAGAACCGGCUGCUGGUCAUAUCUGGGAAUGAUCGGAGGCAGUCAGACCGUGUCUUUGCAGUCUCCGGGCUGUAUGUGGUCAGGAGUGGCAGCUCAUGAGCUAAUGCAUGCUCUGGGAUUUGUACAUGAACAGUCCCGCUCUGAUCGUGACCACCACGUCUCCAUCCUGUGGGAAAACAUCAUAGAUAAUCAAAGGCACAACUUUAAAAAGUAUGAGACAAACAACCUCAAUACUGCAUAUGACUAUAGUUCUGUCAUGCACUAUGGGAGGUAUGCCUUCUCAGAGGAUGGUGGACCCACCAUCAUCCCUAAACCAGACCCAUACAUUCCCAUUGGCCAGCGAGACGGACCAAGUCCGACAGACAUUCACAAAAUAAACAUAUUGUAUAACUGUGGUGGCCGAGUGUGAAACAACAAGCUUAUGAAAUGGACCCAACAUUAUUAACUGGACAAGAGGCACCUGACUCCUGUAUUCACCUUUCCUUCUCAUUUUAUGAUGGUUUGGCAGUGUGAUGUAUUUUGACACUAUUUAUAUUACAGUACAUAACAGAUCAUGUUAAAUACAGCAAAUUAUUUAACAGGACAAUAUCAUAAAUUCUUUUUGGGCAAAUUAAAUAUAACAGAAUCCAAAAUAAAGCAAAGAAAAAAAAACUAGGUCUAAAUAUGUGUUUUAGAAAUGCAGUCUUUGUGUUCAUGUUGUUUUAUAUGAAAUUGGUUUACCAUUUUCAGCAAAAAUGUAAACGUAACGAACAUUUAAAUGUCAUAUGGUAUAAAUGCAUUAGACAUUUUUUCUUACACCUUGAAUACAUAUGUGUGUGCACAUUAAUCAUUAUUUAAAAAACAAAAUGAUAUUUAGUAUAUUUUUAUGGUAAAGUAGUUGUUUAUUCAUAGAUUUUAUAGGGUUUUGGGGAGUCAUACCAAAUAACAUUUUCAACCUGAACUAAUCUUGCCAUAUACAAUGAAAAAAUUGGUGUAGGGUCUACUUUGAAAUAAUUUUCACACAUCAGUA